CCACUACCAUUACCAUCUUACCUACAGUUAUUAAACAAGUGUCGAGCGCCCUGCCAGGCCAUGUCUGCGCCGCCCCCCCGCCGCUCGGCGCGGCUUGCUAAGGAUACCCUCAACGUUGUCGAAGGCGUCGAGCCGGAGCGCAAGAAGACGAUGAAGCGUGUUGAGCGAGAGCUCCCAGAACUGAGCGAUUUUGCGCCGCCCGCAACGCCCGCCACCCACGUCUUGAAGCCCCCCAGCACAGAGAUGCACCCCAGCAAGUUCCAUCCUACCACCGCCGAACCGUCGUCCGCUCUUAGGCUGGGCUUUACCGACAUCGACGUUGCGAAGAGACGCGACAGCUCUCAUGGCGCAGGCCUUCAGUCUACUCCGUCCAAAGUGGGCGGCGUGCCAUCAUCCGCCUUCACCCUUCGUGUCCCUCACGGCAUCGAUGCCAACCAGUUGGGAUUGGGGCCUGAAGCCCUGCGCGUCUUGGAGGGCCUCAAGGAGAAGGCGGCUGAGUACAAGGCCGAUCUCAUCGCCCAGAGGGCAAACGAUCCCUCGUCCGCCUCAACCGAUGCCAAUGGCCGCACGAUUGCCAAGCCCAAGGGCAAGUCCGGAAGGUUCAGCGCGGCCCAUAUGGCUGAGUUCAAGAAGAUGGACUCUAUCGAAGGCCAUGCCUCGGCUUGGAGAGCGCAGAAUGGAAGAUUCAGUCCCGUCAAAUCCGGCAUCAAACGAUCUCACUCCAAGACCAACCUCGAGACGCCUCAGAAGAAUGCGAAGCCGAGCCCCGCAAAGCUGCACAAGGAGCAACCUCAAAGCCCUGCAAAGGACGAGCAGCAUCUGACUUCCGCCAAGAGAGUCAAGAAGAGCGCGGAGGACGACGCUUCGACAACCCGGCCGGUGGCCCAAGAAACUGCGCCGACUCCUCGGCCUACAUCCAGCACCAAGAGGCCUGCUGCUUCCAGAAUCGGUCGGCCUAGUAUUUCCGGCCUGGCGAACCCAAGGAAGUCGGUCUUUGAUUUUCUCGCUAGCCCCGGAAAAUCCAAGGCCUCUGCGACUGCGACUGCGACUGCGACUGCGAGUUCUACUGCGACUUCUACUACGACUGCUACUGCUACUGCCACGCCAUCCUCGAAGCCAGUCUCCAAAGAGCAGGAGCCCAAGGGCCUCAGGGAAGCCAAGGAGCUCAAAGAAGCCAAGGGCCUCAGGGAGCUCAGAGCAGCCAAGGAGGUCAAGGAAGCCAAGGACUCUAUUGCAGUGGCGAAGAGUGCCAUCCCGCAGCCGGUUACUGCCACUGCUCAGACGCCGCCAGCUCCGACUCGCAUCUCCAAUGUGCACAUUACACGCCUCGCAGCCACUCAGCCUGUGCGAAAGCUGGUCAAGCAUGUGACGUUUACGCCGGAAGUUACGAGAACCGUCUUUGACCCAGACACGCCGUCGCCUCUCAAGUCAACCACUACUAAGAGGGCUCUGGUUUAUUCUGAAGUCGAGGAAGCUUUGGCAGAGUCAAAGUCGUCCGGCCACAUUGCUUAUCCCGACCUGUCCAGCUACAAGCAUCUUCUCGAAUCACAGCCAGAGAGCGCCCAAUCCCCCACCCCUUCCGUCCCAGGCAAAUUUACGUUCCGCAGCGACCACACGAUCAAGUUUGGAAACCCAUCGCCGUCCGGAUUUGGCGCUUCUCCUGGCCAGUCGAGCGUGCGUCAUGUGCGCAAUUCGAUCAAGCCUGCGUCGGAGAUGCCUGGCAGCUUUCCGGAACCCGUCUCUCCGAGCUCCCACCCAAACAAAGAGAACACGGCACCGUCUCCGCCCAAGAUGCUUCCUGGAGUCCCUCACGGAAUGCCCAACAAGAAGCGCCAUCGCGCGAGCGCAGAUGAAGAGGACACGGAUAAGGAGGCGGCUGAUCGUGCCGGAAAGAAAGCCAAGAGUAGCCAUGUUCCUGAGGGCGAGGCUCUGCUGGCACCUCGUCUUCUCGCCUCAACUCCCGCUGCCAGCGCAAAGAGACCCAGCGUGAUUCGCACCGUCGGCAAAACCCCAGUUCGCCCCGUCAACCGCACAGUCAGCUCGGCGUCGCCUUCCAAGAAGAGACCAACGCUGAGCAUGAGCCGCCUCAACAUGCUCGCCCGCCCAAAGAACCGUGGUUAGGUAACCAGAUGGGCCUUACGAAGGAAAAUGGGGGAGCUUCCGAUCAGACAUUCUCCCGAUCGACUGUAGCGACUUCUCCCAUCGUUUCCUCUUUCUUAUCGGCCAUGGCAAUAGCUCGUUAGGCAUCUCUCGAAGGUGGCUUUACAUGGCGGCUCUCUCUCUUUCUCUCUCUCUCUCUUUGUAAUGCGGGCCCGGCGUUGAGGAGAUGGCAUUCUUUUCGUUCGAUGCUUUUGCACAUGAUGAGGGAACGUCACAAUUCAUGAUGGUA